AAGGUGGGAGGAGCAUGCUGCACUGGGACGCUGCACGACGCAGGAGCAGCAGCCCCGUCAAAACCUCCAGGUCUAUCUUCAGCAGUCAGAUCACCGCUACACCUGUAGUGUCACUUUUAAUGGCACGUCGCCUGGAUUAAGAGAAAUUAGGCUAAGCCCGAAGCAAACCAUUCAAAGAUGAUCAAAGCCAUUUGGAAGAAUAGCGCUGGGACGACUUAGACGGACGCAUAUGGUUCAGGACAAGGAGAGACGUCUUGACUGAAAUUACGAUGCAUCUCAUCGGUGUGGUCUUAAUUCUGGUCGUGACAGGCAUGGCAAAAGGUUGGGAAUGCAGCGCGGGGUGCAGUACAGAAAAUGGGUUUUGUGAGAAGCCAGGGAAGUGCAGGUGCAAACCAGGGUGGGAAGGAGAAAACUGUGACCAGUGCGUGCCAUUCCCCGGCUGUCUGCAUGGCACAUGUGAGAAGGCAUGGCAGUGUAUCUGCAAGGAGGGCUGGGUGGGCAGCCUGUGUGACCAAGAUACUCGCCUGUGCUCAUCCAGGCCUUGUGCCAGUAAUGCCACCUGCAUAGAGACAGGGGAAGGAGGAUACCUUUGCAUCUGUCCCCAAGGCUAUGCUGGGAAAAACUGCCAUGUGAAGAUGGAGAAUUGUCUUUCAAAUGGCUCCCCUUGUCAGAAUGGUGGCAGUUGUAUGGAUGCUGGUGGCUCUGCAGCCUAUCCUUCCUGUUUAUGUCCUACUGGAUUUUCUGGAGACAACUGUCAGAUCAGCAUUGACAGCUGCCAGCCUAACCCCUGUCUCAAUGGUGGCAACUGUACAAACCAUGGCCUGGCUUUUACAUGCGUCUGCCCAACUGGCUUCAGUGGUUUCACUUGUAAUGACACCACCAGCAUCUCUCCCUGCACUGGCAGACCCUGCGCCAAUGAGGGAAUGUGUGUCGUUCAACCUGAUGGAACCUUCCGUUGCAUUUGCCAGAAAUGGUUUACAGGUUCUACAUGUCUCCUGCAUCACAGGCCAAGAAACAGAUCCAAGCCAGUUAAUGCCAGGCCUGUGGACAACAGAGUGUUUGCUCUGACACCACAGCACUACUCCCUCCCUGCACACGCCUUCCACAAGCUGCUUAGACCACCAGAGAGAGACCUGCUCAAGAUCACCCUGAAGGAGACCGUCCACUCGUCUGGCAUCCUCGUCACACACGGUCAGCUGGUCUGCUUCGGCAUGCUGGCCCUGCUCACCUGCCUGGUUAUCUUGGGCACUACGGGGAUUGUGUUUUUUGGCCGCUGCCAGACAUGGCUUGCAAAUGCAAAGUACAGCCAGCUUGUACGGCAACAACGGGAACACCUGCUGAGAGAAGUUGGCAGCACGAGCCAGGAAGAGCCACAGCACUCUGUAAACAUCAUCCUGCCAGAAAAGAUUAGACUCUCCAGCUUUGGGAGACACUAUACCUCCAUCUGAUUAAAAGGCCUUCUGUUCUUAAUGCUCUAUGAAAGGAGUCAACAUGGUUUAAAAGUGUCACAAUGCCAACAAAUAAAAUAUCACUAAUGUACGGUUGUGUUUACAACAUGGGAGACACUGGGUUGCCAUGGAUUAUGUUUGAAUGUAUUAUGUUCUGGACCAAGUGGACAAAAAUUAUGCUGGAAUGUAAAUGUGUUCAUCUUUCAAUCAAACAGCUUACUGGCCAUUAAAAUGUAUAAAGGUUACAUAUAAUUGUGUGGCAUUUCUUAAGCUUAUUUUAAAUUUAAAACAUGGUUUUAUCUCUUAUGUUGAUUUGGGAUAAAAUGGAACUAAAGUUGGAGACAAAUUCUUCUUAAUUAAUAGUAGAUGGUAACAGAGCAUGCAGUCAACACAAUUUUUUCUUCAAUAUUGUUUUUUUUAAUUAAACCAAUUAGUCACGCCUCUAGCGUAUUCCAUGGAUAAAUUGUGUUCAGAUGUUCUAAUCAUAAAAGCUGUAACAAUUAACCAGAAAAUAUUUUUGUUAAUCACUAUAUCAUCUACUACUUAGGGGCUGAAUGCUUUUUAAAGUAAUUUCUGGACGAAAGCUAAAUAGAGAACUAGAUAAAUAAUGAGAACAAUUAAUUGUAGCCAACGCAACAUAUUGUAACUGUACCAUGCCUUGAUAAUUCAAAAACAGUAUUGUGAGUUUGUACAGUAAUGUAUAUUUAUAUGGAGAUCGUUCUUGUAACUACAGAGCAGGUUUUUUUUGUUGUUUUUUUUUUUAAAUUGGUGUGUUUCUCUUGCUAUUGAAAUGUAAUUUUCUUUCCCCAAAACAUACUGGCUUUAAAGGUUUCAGUUUAGAGGCCGAGUCGGACAUGAGGAAAGAAUUUAAAAAAAGAAAU